AUGCCCUCUUUUGCGCCUCACGGUGCUGGUUCCCGGCUUGUCUACACCCACCUUCCCUCUCCCCGGGUGCUAACUCGUCAUUUGCCCCGACCCCGGUUUCUCUGCGGAACAACGCCAUGGGAGUGCGUUCUGGACCGGCUGGGGAAACGGCGGAUGGAAUUUGGUGCAGACGAAGAUUCCGACACGGUCUCCUUCGACGGGAACAGCUCCCUCAGCUACUGGUUUGAGGAGAGGAAGACGCGGACACUCAACGACUCCAUCUGGUUCAACUUUAAAACGUGGGCGAAGGACGGUGUCCUCCUGCACAGCGAAGGGGAGCAGGGAGAUUACAUCACCGUGGAGUUGCAUCGAGCCCAGCUGGUCUUCCAUGUUAACUUAGGCAGCAGCACCGUUUACCCGGUGAGGGGUGAGACGACCGUCACUCUCGGCAGCCUGCUGGACGACCAGCAGUGGCAUAUGGUUCAGAUCGAGCGCCACGGGCAGGAGGUCAACCUGACACUGGACGGCUACACCGAGCGCUUCCUCACCAACGGCCAGUUCGAUUAUCUGGACCUGAGUUCGGCGAUCCACUUUGGCGGACUGAUCACCCCCGAGAGGGAACGGCUGGCCGACAAGCCCAACUUCCAAGGGUGCCUGGAGAACAUUCUCUACAAUAACGUCAGCGUUAUCGACCUGGCCAGAGCACGGCGCUCACGCACGCAGACCCUGGGGGAGGUCCAGUUCCGCUGCCGCCCGCCGCCCCAGGAACCACGUUACUACCCGCUCACCUUCGUGUCGGCCACCAGCUUCCUGCAGCUGCCCGGGCAGCCCUUCCUGCAGCAGCUGGCCCUCAACUUCAGCUUCCGCUCCUUCGACACCAGCGGCCUGCUCCUCUUCACCAACUUCUCCCGCGGCCUCGGCUGGCUGCAGCUGGAGCUCAGCUCUGGGCAGCUCAACUUCUCCGUGCAGCAGAGCGGCAACCGGCGGCUCGAGUUCGCUGCAGGUUAUAACCUGUCGGAUGGAUACUGGCAUUCGGUCAACCUGUUGGCUCGGAUGGAUUCUGUGGUUGUGGUCAUUGACGAACAGGAGGAUUUGGCCAUCAAGGUGAACCACGCUCUCCGAGUGGAGACGGGAGACCAGUAUUUUUUUGGAGGUUGCCCCGCCAGCAUGAAAACGCUGGGUUGCUUUUCCAACGCCAGCGAGUUUCACGGCUGCAUGCAACUGUUCCACAUCGACCACAACCCCAUCGACUUGGAGCAGGUGAAGAGACGGAGGCUCGGGAGGUAUUCGGAGAUGCUGUUCGACGCGUGUGGGGUAACAGACCG